AUGAAUUUACCACUACAAAUACUUUACAAAUAUUUUUCAGAUGUAGCUGCUUCAUCUUUUACAAUUACGGAUCCAGCGUCAGGAAUAGCAUACAGUACCACUGCACCAACGGAUGUCACAUUAGAUAUCGUUCUAAUUUCAACGGGUGGUGGUUAUGCAGUGACAGGUGUCAAGGGGUACUUUGCAGAUGAUACAUCCGCUACUAUGUCAAGCGAGUUUGAUGCAACUGGAACUACUACUGCUGCUGCUAACGACAAUACCAUCUCAGGAACAGUGUUAUCCCUAACAUUAGAUGUUGCAAACUGUUUUCUCUACACCAAAUUAUGUAUUCAACUUCAAGCUACUGACAGUGAUACAAGUAACAAUAAUAUAUGCCAACCUUUGGGAAGCGCAACAACGACUUGUCCAGUGUUGGAAGUGACCGACUUGGAAACUGAAGAUAAAACAUCAUCAGUGGUGACUCCAGUCAAGAAAUUUACUGACUUGGAUAGUACGGAGUCUCAGCACUUUGUUGUGCAGCUAACCGAUGCAUUCUGGCAUUUACAUUCAACUAAGCCAUCAAAUUCAUUCCUUGGAGCAGUCUGCUUGCCAGGGUUGACUCAUGUUGAAGCUACUGUCGCAGCUCUAAUAGAGAUUAUCCACUCCUUUGCAUCAUGUGAUUUAGACAAUGUUAACCUGGCAACAAAGUUGUAUGUUCAGUUUCUUCUCUGUGAGAAUCAAGCUGUGAGUUUCUCAGCUAAACAAGCUUUGAUCAGAGUGUUGCGUCCCAGACAUAGAAGACGUAGAGUGGUAAUUCCAUCUCCACCACGCUGCAGUACACCGUCUGGUCCUGGUACUGGUGCGGAUGAAGAAGAGGGUGAUGAGAAAACUACCCAUCAUGCAUCUGUUGUUGAGAAUAGUGGCGUAUUGGAUCCAUCACAGGUACAAGACAGUGAUUCACAGUUUGAAGUUGUGGAACAGCAUGUGCCAAUGGAAAUGGAAUCUUCUGAACCUGGUCAUGUUAGUGGUAAUCCUAAUCCGAGUUCUCUAGAAGCCUUACUUGGCAGUGGCGGUGGAUUCCCACCAAUGCUGGAUAUCCCGCCAGAUGCCGAUGAUGAAACUAUGGUCGAGUUAGCCAUAGCAUUGAGUUUACAAGAACAACCAGGAAGAGGUGGGUCAGGACUUGGACUACAGGGACUGUCUCUUGAUGGACAAGGUCGAAGUUCUUCUUCUCUUGAAGCUGGUACAUUCUCCGAUACUACCGCCUCGGCUGCAGCCAGUGAUGAUGAAGGUAGUACUGCAGCUACUGAUGGCUCUACACUACGAACAUCACCGGCAGAACAGGGUGGUAGUGCUGGAUCUGAAAGUGGUGGCAGUGUGGUUGAUUCUGGUGAACACGAGAGUGUGAGUGGUCGUAGCAGUGCCUAUGGUGAUGCGAUACCAGAAGCACCAGUGACUGGUCCAGGUAGUAUUGCAAGCAGCGGUGGAAUGCCCAGUACAUCAAUGGGACAUACUGAAAUAUGUGACAUGUCUGAAACCGAUAAUGAUAUUGACACAAGUUAUCGAUUACAUACACUGAGACUUAUGUUAUUAGAGAAACUCUUACAAUACUUACCUGAGUUAAGAGAUGUUGGUGGUGUCAGAGCUAUACCAUUCAUGCAGGUUAUUCUGAUGCUGAGUUCUGAUCUAGACGGGGAUGAAGAAAAGGACAGAGCUGCUUUGGAUCAUCUACUUCAGUGUACACUUUCAGAGUUAGAUAUGUCCAAACAAGAUUUCAGUGAUGUAGCCAAUAGAACGUCCAGACAUGAAGUACAGUUGAUAAUUAUGAGAUUACUUAGUGUUUUCAUGUCAAGAACUAAGUCAGGAUCAAAGACUAAUGAAUCAUCAUCUCUUGUGUCUAAUGCCACUGCGUCUGCCUUGCUGAGCUGUGGAGCUGUAGACUAUUGUUUACUUAUUCUGAAAUCACUCCUGGAUCACUGGAAAGAAACACAGGUUGAAGAAGAGAACAUAUCUGUUGGGACUAAUCUGUUGAAGCCCCAUCCUCUGACUCCACCUCCUGAUAUGUCACCAUUCUUUCUCAGACAGUAUGUCAAGGGUCAUGCAGGUGAUGUAUUUGAAGCUUAUCCACAAUUGUUAACAGAAAUGGUUCUUAGAUUACCCUAUCAGAUUAAAAAGAUUGCUGAUUCCAAUAGUGGAGUUGCCACACCCAUCUUUGAUCAAGCAUGGUUUUACUAUCUAUGUGAG